GUGGCGCGUCGGGCCGGACUGGCGCGCGGCGGGUGGCAUGGCGCUCUUCCACGUUGCGCGGUACGCGGGCCCCGAGGCGGCCGGGGCGGAGGCCGAGGCGGGCGGCCGGGCUCGCGCGCUGCUGGAGCGGCUGCGGUGCCGGGCCCGAGAGCGGGAGCUGCAGAAGCAGCCGCCGCAGCAAGAACCUUCGGAGCCCGCGGAGGCCGCGCAGACCGCUCAGGCGGCGGGGAAGCGGCGACGGCGGCCGCGCAGAACGCGGAGGCGCAAGAGCGGCGGGGCGCCGGGGAGCCCGCACGCACCUCCCUGCAAGCGGCGGAAGGCGGACGACGAGGAUGAGGACGCGGGCGCAGGUAGGGCCUCGCGGGGCGGGGCCCUGGACUCGGGACCGCGUGGGGCUGACGCGCCGCCCCGCCCCCGUUUCUGCCGCGCAGAGAGCAGCGAGGAGGCGCCGGCGGGGAACAGCGUGGGCGCCGAAGCCGCGGGGUCGCCGGAGGGCCAGGGCGGACCGCCCCCCGAAGAGGCUUCUGGUCCCCCAGCCCACGCCCUGGUGCUCGGGGGCUUCGGGAGGAGCAAGGCGCCAAAGGUCCAGCCUUUCCUGCCAGCGUGGCUGGCCGAGCCAAGCUGCGUUGCAAAGAGUGUCACCGAAGGCCUGGUGCCUAUUGAGGAUAUCCCGGAAGUCCACCCGGACCUGCGGAAGAGGCUGCGGGCUCAGGGCAUCUCGUCCUACUUUCCAGUGCAGGCAGCAGUGAUUCCCGCUCUCCUGGAGAGCGCAGCCAACGGGUUUCUGGUAAGCAGAGGCGGCUACCGGCCUAGCGACCUCUGUGUAUCUGCCCCAACGGGCAGUGGGAAGACACUGGCCUUCGUCAUCCCCGUGGUGCAGGCCCUGCUACGGCGAGCCGUGUGCCAGGUUCGGGCCCUGGUUGUGCUGCCGACCAAGGAGCUGGCCCAGCAGGUGAGCAAAGUGUUCAGCGUCUACACAGAUGCCACUCCUCUUCGGGUCGCCCUGGUCACCGGGCAGAAGUCGCUGGCCAAGGAGCAGGAGAGUCUCGUGCAGGACACAGCAGACGGCUUCCGCUGCCUGGCAGACAUCGUGGUGGCCACCCCUGGCCGCCUGGUAGACCACGUCGAGCAGACCCCAGGAUUCAGCCUCCAGCAUCUCCGCUUCCUGGUCAUCGAUGAGGCCGACCGCGUGAUAGACAGCAUGCACCAGGCCUGGCUGCCGCGGGUGGUGGCCGCGGCCUUUCCCAGUGAGGGCAGUAGGGAUCCCUUUGCUCUGCUCCAGAGAACACAGCCCCGGGCUGUGACUGCAGCCAGCGUCUGCUGCCCCCAGAUGCCACUGCAGAAACUACUCUUCUCAGCCACUCUGACCCAGAACCCCGAAAAGCUGCAGCAGCUCGGCCUCUACCGGCCCCGGCUCUUUUCCACGGGGUCGGUGCACGGGGGCCUCAGAGACCCCGACAUGGACGUGGCCGGGGACUUGGGCGGGAAGUAUACCUUCCCUGCGGGGCUCACGCAUCGCUACGUGCCCUGCAGCCUCCGUCUCAAGCCGUUGGUCGUCCUGCACCUGAUCCUGGAGAUGAAUCUCUCGAGGGUUCUGUGUUUCACCAACUCCCGUGAGAACUCCCACAGGCUGUUCCUGCUAGUCCAGGCUUUCGGGGGCGUGCGCGUGGCCGACUUCUCCUCCCGCUACGGGCCUGGCGCUAGGAAGCUGAUCUUGAAGCGCUUUCAACAGGGGAAGAUCCAGCUCCUCAUCAGCACCGACGCCACGGCCCGCGGCAUUGACGUGCAGGGCGUGCAGCUGGUGGUGAACUACGACGCCCCCCAGUACCUGCGGACCUACGUGCACCGGGUUGGAAGAACCGCCCGCGCCGGAAAAUCCGGACAGGCCUUCACGCUGCUCCUCGAGGUGCAGGAGAGGAGGUUCGUCCGGAUGCUCAGGGAAGGCGGGGUGCCCAGGCUGGAGCGGCACGACGCCCCCAGUGAGCUCCUGCAGCCGCUGGUCCCACGGUACCAGGAGGCCCUGUCCCAGCUGGAGAGGGCCGUCAGGGAGGAGCAGAGGCAGAAGGCAGCCUAGGCCGGGGCUCUGCCCUCGUGGUGGGGGAGCCGCCUCCUUUCUGGAAACAUCCCGAGCACCGGUUGCUGGACGCACGAGCAGGAGACGGGGAUUCCUCAGCUGAGCGAGCCUCGGUCCCCAAGCACGCUGCUGCCCUGGACACAAGGCUCCGGCCCAGGCCUGAGACCUUCCAGGGGGCACAAGGUCAGCCCCCUGUCGGGUGGUCUUUCUGGAAGCAAGUCUCCAGUGAAACUGUUUACACUCCCCCGGAGCUGACAGGGUGGCGUCUGCCACGCGUUAGGCUGUAAGUUGGGGAUCAGCCUUGAGGUACCUUCAGGAAUUCAGUUCUUCUAACAGCGUAAGCCACCACCCUGCGUGGGAGAGGUGGCCCUGAGUCCCUCGCUGUUGGGGUGAACGGCUGGCUGCUAAGUAGCCGUUCCCCGCAAGGCGUCACAGAGACCGGAGGAUGCGCUGCGAGGUCAUCGUGGCUGUACUUCACGAUUAGUCAUCGCGUGUGUGAGACGAGUGUCCAGGAAACAGGCUUCAGAGCACUGACUGCCGUCCCUGAGAAAGCUUCGUUUCCAAGAGUCACUUGUUGACAGAGCCUUAAUGGGAAUGAACCGCAGCUCCUUGUGUUGGCAGAAUCACCACCAUGAGUCCUGGCGUCCCGUGUGCUCGCUGUCGCCCGAGUGGACGUCAUGGGGCAGAGUGGGCAGCUUACGGGAGAGCACGCGGACCAGGACUCGGGUCGCACCAGCCCGGACCUCUCGGGGCUGUAAACGCAUCCUGCAUACCGAACCCGCUCACAUUUCAGUCCAGGCUUCGCACGGGACCCGGGGGGCGGCACAGCCAUGCACAGCCUCUGAGAGGCGGCUUCCCAGUCUGUGGAUUGUAUCUCAAUAAAGCAUCUGUUUAAAAACACAUACGGACUUCUUCCCUGGUGACGCAGUGGUUAGGAAUCUGCCCACCAAUGCAGGGGACACAGGUUCAAACCCUGGUCCGGGAAGAUCCCACAUGCCGCAGAGCAACAAAGCCCGUGUGCCACAACUACCGAGCCUGCGCUCUAGAGCCCACGAGCCACAACUACUGAGCCUGUGCUCUAGAGCCCACGAGCCACAACUACUGAGCCUGUGUGCCACAACUGCUGAGCCUGUGCUCUAGAGCCCGUGAGCCACAACUACCGAAUCCUGUGUGCCUAGAGCCCGUGCUCCGCAACAAGAGAAGCCACCGCAAUGAGAAGCCCGCGCACCGCAACAAAGAGUAGCCCCCGCUUGCCACAACUAGAGAAAGCCCCCGUGCAGCAAUGAAGACCCAAUGCAGCCAAAAAUAAUCACGCUUGUGUCAGAAGACGGGAAGAGGCCCAGGCAGGUGACUGAAGACAACGGCUGAGCUUUUAGAAGUUUCGUAAUAUUGAUAAUUGCCAGCAGAACAAAGAAUUCCGAUGUCACCUUUACUGAGCAUUGCGGAGUGGCCGGGCGCGUGGGGACAGGAGAGAAGCUGCAGCGUGUGCGGAGGCCCUGAGCCUGCCCACGGGUUCCGGGAAGAGGUUGAAGUGGAGGCUGGGGGCUGGGAGCAUGCAGCCACUCAUGGGGGCACCGCAGGCGCUGCCGCUGCCGCGGGAGACUGAGCAGAAGCACCUCGGCUGUGGCCUGUCCCGAGCCUUCCUGCCCCUCACUUCCGGGAGGGGGGGCCCGGGAGUAGCAAAGUGACCACUAGGCGGAAACGACAUUGCCUGCUUUCGCCCUUCACUUUGAACUUGGGAGAUACAGAGCCUCCCCUGCACCUGCUGGGUCUCUGGGGCCUUGGGCAUCUGGGAGACGGGUGGUAGUGGUGUCUUCAAGGCAGGCUGCGGUGUGCAGGUCACUUUGCUGUUGGGUUUCAACAGCGACUUGCUGGGCAUUUAUCUGGAAAAGAAGACGACUUCAGAGAAAAGCGAAGUAGCAGGAAUUAACAGCGUGUAAGCCAGUCACUCAUACUGCAAAACAAACUCAUAGAAAGAGAGAUCAGGUUUGUCAUUACCAGAAGCAGGGGGAUUGGAUGAGACGGUCGAAAGGUACAAACUUCCCUUUAUUAGGUAAAUAAGUAUUAGGAAUGUAAUGUACAACAUGACAAAUAUAACACUGCUGUAGGUUACCCAUGAUGUGUAUGAGAGCUGUUAAGAGUAAAUCCUGAGUUCUCACCACAAGGAAAACAUUUUUUUUCUAUUUAAUGUUCUAUCUGUGUGAGAUGGCAGACGUUCGUUAAACUUUGACAAUCACUCCGUGAUGUGUAAGUCAGGUCAUUAUGCUGCACACCUUAGACGUAUACAGUGCUGUAUGUCAAUGAUAUCUCAAUAAAACUGGGAGAAAUAAGAAGCAAAGAGUGAAGGGGGCGCGAACGUGGCAGACCAGCCUCGCAGGCAUUCCUGCUGCCACCGCACACACAGCAGGGUGGGCACAGAUGCUCUGUGCUGGCAGGAACUGAGCUCACAAAGGCUCCAGGGGGACCUCAGACCCCGGAACUGCAUCCCCCUGAGGGUUAGAACUGAUCAGGGUUAGGACUGAGCAGGGCCGGGCCGGGACCCACCGGUCCAGCAGCUGUGCUGGUCGUCCGACGGCCCUGGGAUGGCUGUUCGGCCCUCCUGGGGGGACCCCUCGGCCGGGCCGGCCCACGAGCACCGAGGCACACAGAUGACAGCGUGGCCUUGGUGCAACCAUUCUGCUGCCCUCGCCCCCCUGGGCACGCGGGGCAAGGAUGGGGAGCGAGGCACCUGCAGGUCUCGUCACCCAAGAAGGCCCCAGGUGCUGCCUCUCAGAAGGCUGGAGGGGAGGUGCCACUCUGGUGCAGCGAAGGCUCCCUCCUGCUGAAGAGCAGCCUAGACUGUGCCCACCGGUGCUCCUGGGAGCGUUCCCUGGCAAGUGUGCAAAGGGGUGCUGUGGCCUGCCAGCUUCUCCUCCCCCGGGCACAUCGACGCCUUCUGGUACAAGAGACAGAGGAGGCGGGUGGCGAGGCCACAGCCGCAGCUCUGGACACAUGUGCUGUGUCUGCGAACCCGCACCCCCAGAGCAUCACGACAGAGCCGUGAAAAGGCAAAUAAGGGGACUGUCAGGUACCAUCCAAUACUCCGUCUACGACUGGAUGCUGCCCAUCACCCCACACUCCUGUGAAUCCCUAUUCCCGCUCCAUUCCCCCCACAGAUCUAAUGUAUUUUAUGCUUGGAAUUAUUUUAUAGACCCCCGAUCAUGCGUCCCUGCAAUAGAAAUGUGCUCCAGAAUUGACCACAAGGCUCUAAGUGUUCAAAAAUAAUAAUCUUCUGGCCGCUGAGCCUGCGCGUCCGGAGCCUGUGCUCCGCAACGGGAGAGGCCACGACAGUGAGAGGCCCGCGUACCGCAAAAUAAUAAUAAUAAUCGUCUGGAUUGAGAAAGCGGUACAAUUAUUAUUGGUAUGCAAGUAAUCAAAAUGACAAGUGUAUUACAGUUAUGGUAAAUAAUUACUAAACAUAAAAAUUAAAAUUUAAUAGAUGGAGAGGGCUAAUCUGUUUUCUUCAGUUAGUUCCUGUGCCCACAAGGCUCAGCGUCAACUCUAUUCUUAUUUUUCCAAUUUAUAAAUCAAAACACUGAAAAAACCCCAUUCCCAUAAAUAAACCGAUGGCACCAGAGAGCUUUGUUGUCGAAACGUCACUCGAUCCUUUGGUCCCUUUCUGAGCUCUGUGAGGUCUGUUGCCAAAAUCUACGUCCAGUGCUCUCAGUUGGAAGGAUGGGUCCUCCAGGUCGUGUGGAGACACAAAGCAGAAGCUGCCACCUGGAAGCCGCUGCAUCCCCGCCCCCAGCCUUCCUGAGAGCGUCCUGUCCUCAGACUUGUGCCCACGCGAGCGGGCACGGUGGGUGGAGGGACACCCUAAAGCGGCUCCCGUGAAGCCAUCCGCGCGGCACCCCACGGAGCCUCUGUUUAUCCCAACUCUCGGAAGAACUCUCCGUUUUCUGUAGUUACCACUGAGAAGUUAGCCAUCGGUCUAACUGUCCUUCUGCAGGUGAUCUGUGUGUUCCCUCCACUCCUGUGACCUCUCCUUGCCUCCCGAGUUUACCGUUGGCCUAAAUGUGUCUGCGGGGAAUCUUUUCUUUAUCCUGUUUGAGACCUUCUGGCUUUCCUGAAUCUCUGGAUUGGCACCGUAAGCCGGUUCUCGAACGUCCUCAGAUAUUACCUGUCUCGCAUUCUCUUCUGGAACUCAACUCCGACAUUAGACCUCUCACCCCUCUGCCAUCUGUCUCUCCACGCAUCUUUCUUUCUUCCUGUUCUUCGUGUUGCAGUAGGUUGAUUUUCUCCAGAUCUCUCUGUCACUAAUUCUCAAAUGUACUGUUUACUCUCCCAUGAAGUUUUUAAAAACUGCAGUAGAAUUUGCAUACAGGGGACCUCUCUGGCAGUCCAGUGGUUAGGACUCCACGCUUCCACUGCAGGGGACACGAGUUCGAUCCAUGGUUGGAGAACUAAGAUUCCACGUGCCACACAGCUUGGCCAAAAAAUAAAAUUCAAAAUGUUCUAAAUUAAAAAAAAAAUUUUAAUAAAGAAUUUGCAUUGAGUAAAAAUCACCCCCCCCCCUUUUUCCUGGCUGCACUGGGUCUUUGUUGCUGCGCGGGCUUCUCAUUGUGGUGGCUUCUCUUGUUGCGGAGCACGGGCUCUAGGCGCGCAGGCUUCAGUAGUUGCAGCACGCGGGCUCGGUAGUUGUGGCACACGGGCUCAGUAGUUGUGGCGCACGGGCUUAGCUGCUCCACGGCAUGUGGGAUCUUCCCGGACCAGGGUUCGAACCCGUGUCUCCUGCAUUGGCAGGCGAAUUCUUAACCACCAUGCCACCAGGGAAGUCCCCAAAAUCACCCUUUUUGAUGUAUGGUUUUAUGAGUGUUGACAAAGGCCUGUGGUCAUGUAACCACCAACGCAAUCGAGAACAGGACAUUUCCAUCACCCCCCAAAUCCCCAAUGGCUCUUUUGAGGUCAGUCCUUCCCCCCCCCGCCCCCAUCCCACCCCUGAGACCCCUGAGCUAUAGUCUGACCCUAUCGUUUUGCCGUCUCCAGGACGUCAUAUAAGUGAAAUCAUAGAGUACGUAGCCUUUUGUGUCUGGCCUCUUUUGCACAAUACAUUCGAGUUUCCCCCCUGCCGUCUGAGCACCAGCAGCCUGGUCCUGCUACCUGAGUGCCACGUCAUCGUCCGGAGGGGCCGUGGUUUGCCUCUCCAUCUGGCAGUUGAAUGACUGGGCUGCUUCCAGUUUGGGGAGAUUACGAAUAAAGCUGCUAUAAACAUUUGCAUACAGGUUAUCAUGUGGAUGUGUGUUUUCACUUCUGUGUAAACUGUGAGAAGUGAGAUUGCUGGGUCAGAGAGUAAAUGAUUGUUUAAGUAAAAUACAUAAGAAACUGCCGAACUGUUUGCAACGGGGCUUGGCUCUUGGGCGCCGCCCACCGGCAAGGCACGGGAGCAGGCCACUCCUCACCCUCACUAGCCCAGGUCCUCGUUUUUUAGCUGGUGUGUCCUUGUAUCUCCUUGCGGUUUUAAUUUGUAUUUCCCUAAUGAAAGGAUACUGACAUCUUUUCAUGUGCUUAUUUGCCAUUCUUAGAGCUUAUCUGGUGAAGUGUCUGUUCAAAUCUUUUGUCCACUUUUAAAAAUGAGUCUUUCUUUUGUAAAAAAAAUAUUUGGUUGCACCACGCCUUACUUGCAGUAGGUGGGUUCCUUAGUUGCAGCUCAUGGGCUCCUUAGUUGCAGUUCGCCAGCUCCUUAGUUGUAGCACGCAAACUCUUAAGUUGAGGCAUGCAUGUGGGAUCUAGUUCCCUGACCAGGGAUUGAACCCGGGCCGCCUGCAUUGGGAGUGCAGAGUCUUAACCACUUCGCCACCAGGGAAGUUCCAAAAAUGAGUUAUUUUCUUGUUAUGGAGUUCUGACAAUUUUUUUAAAAAAUAAAUUUAUUUAUUUUCA